AUGAUAUUUAUAUGUGUUGGAAGAUUUAUUCAUUAUAUAAAAGGUAUUCAUAAAAUAAAGGUUUAUUUUAUAUUAAAAUAUAUAUAAAUUUAUAUUAAAAUAUUAAUCCUAUUAAAAGUGUAAUUAUUAUAUUAUCUUUGAUGAUAUUAUUUGGUGAUAUUUUUUCCAUUUGUAGUUGGAUUUUAUUCUAAAGAUCUAACGAUUGAAAGAUAUUAAAAGAAAAUUAACAUUUUUAGAUUUGUUAUCUUAAUGUCAAGUACAAUACUUACUAUCUCACAUUCAUUAUUUCUAACUUAAUAUCUGAAAAUUUAAUAUUAAACUUAAUUUUCAAACGUGAAAGAAAAUUUAUAAAUAUAUUAUUCACAUUGAUAAUUAUGUAUAUUUAAUUUAAAAUUUCUAACGACUAAUUAUAAUUUACUUCAAAUAUAUAAGUAUCUUAUUUCAAGAUAAUAUUGCUUGUUGAAAAAAAGAAAAACCCACUUUUCCCCGUAACAUGCAAUAAUCCUGACGAGUUCCGUAUCGUUGAAGUAACUUUCGUUGGAUAUUAUUGUAUACGUGUGUGUAUGAUUCGUGUUAAAAGGGCAUUCGCUUUUAUGUGGGGCGAGUGUAAUAGAAGAGAGACAAUUUCCUUCGUAAUAUACCAUUCGCACGGGAUUUCUUUCAUUUCGCUUUUUUGAAACAACUCUUCGCAGAUGCUGCUCGUUCGUCGGGAAACGAGGGAACGGUCCGCAGGCAAUAAGUAUCGGGAAGAAUUGCGACAAGUUCGGCAUAGUGGUUCACGAAUUGGGUCACGUGGUUGGCUUCUGGCACGAGCACACGAGGCCGGAUCGCGACCGUCAUGUGCAGAUCAUCCGUGACAAUAUCAUGUCUGGUAAGUGAAAUAUCGCCUCUCCGGUAAGCAAAUUACGAAAAUGAAAGAACGCAGGAUGAUUCCAUUCUAUGGCCAUUUGGCCGUAUCUGAACGACAACAAAAGGCAAUAAUGGCUUCCGUGAUAAAUAUUAAUAUAGAACAACUGGAUUCUUCCGUCAGUGUGUUUUUUAUUUUAUCACAAAUCUAUUAUUUACUUGUAGUGUGGGUGUGUUUUUUAUUUUAUCACAAAUCUAUUAUUUACUUGUAGUGUGUAUCCAUCUUUUAAUAAAACAAUAUUAUAUUUAUUGUAUAUAAUCUGUUAGAAUUUUCCAAUAAAUGUAAUCAAUAG